CGUGUGCCUUCAGAUUGUGGUCUGGUAUCUGUGAAACAAGACCAUCCUUGGAACAGACACAUUCCUGCGCUUGUCCAUACCCUAUCGCUACAACUAGCCUCGCAUCGCCCCUCAUUAAGUCACCCACACUGAGUGCAGUGAUUGCCAUCUUGACCACCAUUGAAAACAAGUCAACGCCGUGAAAUCUGACCCGUCCUGAUUUGUGCACUUGCAUCCUCACACCUUCCCACGAUGCCUUCCAGAAAUCUAUAUCUUCGAGCACCAAACGGCGAAUUAGAAUUGAUUACGCCCAGAUGCUUCGUCAGUCCCGAGAAUAACGUCUUCGACAAAGCUUUCAAUACUGAAAUUGACAUGGAAGAAUGGGACGACUGGAUGAAAUGGGAAGCUUCUGAGCUUGAAUUUCCGGAAAGUCGUCGGGAAAGUUUAGCCAGCAACAUCUCGUCACCAGAAACUUGGUCCACAGACCACGAAAGUACUGGAAAAGACCAAAUCUCAUGCACAUACACCACAGUCAAUGAGUUUCCCGUCGAGGACGCCCCCUUUGAGAUUGACGAAACACCACUGCAAUCGAUCGGCCUCCCGCUUGGUCUCCCAGGCACUCUGUUUCUAGCAAGCCUCCAGCCGCAGCAAGAUCUUCGAAGAUCAUUCCGCGGCUUCUCCUCCCUCACCGAGGCCGAAGAACGAGACCUCCAAGACAUCGCCAUGCCCUCCCGCAUGCUCUCAGCCAUCAAACUUGCAUCAGAGCCUUCAUCCCGAACAUCCUCCCAGUCAAAUCAUUCGCGAUCUCCCUCGCCAGAACCCGAAACUCGCACUCGCAAGACCAGGAAGCGGAAGUCGUCAGAGGACGAUGACGAAGUGCCCAGCGCACUUUGUCAAUCUCGAAAGAGAGGACACAAUGCCAUCGAGAAGAGACGUUCCAGCUCAGACGUCAAGUCCGACGAAGAAGCAGAAGAUUCGAAUGAAGACAUGGACUCGAAGACUGCGCAACAAAAAUACGGAAAAGCAGCUAUUUUGACGCGGGCGCUUGAAUACAUCAAGCAUCUGGAGACCACCACACAAAGACUUGGAUGUGAAGUGGAUGUUUUGACAAUUAGAGUGGGAGCGUUUGAAAAGUUGGCAAUGAGUGGCAGUUGUAUCUUGGAUGGAAAGGGUAUUGAAGCACAGAGCGUACUAAGCCCUGUAAAGAUCGAGACUCUUCAGAGUAUACAAGCGGAUUUCAAACAGAUCAAGCCUAAACUCAGGGCUACGUCCACAGCAGCACCAAGAAGAAGAGGCUCAAAGCAAGCCAAGAUAUGCUAAUAGUUGUGAGCGACCGCUGCGGAGGGAUAAGAUGGCGAACGGCGGUUUGCAAUUGGGAUUCGAAUAUCGAUUUAUGACAUCAAAAGGGGCGGUAUGCAUGCUAGUUGGUUUUUAGCUUUUGGGAGGCUCGACACCUGCACUUCGCUGCCGAGGGAUGGAGGCACCGUCAUAAUAUCGACUAGUAAUCCACAAAU